CCCAGCUGGCUUCUUUGUGUGUGCGCGCGUGUCCUCCCCUUUCCUCCCUCUCUUUAAUGGCAGCACAGAGACAGAAGGAGGGUAAGAAAGAGAGAAAGAAGACACGGCGCGGUUUAACUGAAGGAAACGAGAGAAAAAUGUUCAGCGGAUAUGGAACUAGAAACCCGCACGAGCUGUACUAUCUGCAGAUGCAGCGGGUGGAUGAGAAGAUGGAGCGUGAGGAGAGCGGAGGGAACGAGGGAACCAGGCAGAGGCUGAAGGUGUGUGUGGCCACCUGUAAUCGAGCAGAUUACUCCAAACUCGCCCCCAUCAUGUUCGGCCUCAAAUCUCAGCCUGACCUGUUCGAGCUCGAGGUCGUCGUCCUGGGCUCGCACCUUAUCGACGAUUACGGUAAUACGUACCGUAUGAUCGAGCAGGACGAGUUCAACAUCAGCGCCAGCCUCCACACUAUCGUUCGUGGUGAGGAUGAAGCAGCCAUGGUGGAGUCUCUCGGCCUGGCGCUCGUCAAGCUUCCCGAUGUCCUUCUGCGCCUGGCGCCUCAUGUGCUCAUCGUCCAUGGCGACCGCUUCGACUCUCUUGCCGUGGCGACAGCAGCGGCCCUGAUGAACGUCCGUAUCCUGCAUGUAGAGGGUGGAGAAGUAAGCGGCACCAUCGACGACUCGAUCCGCCACGCCAUCACCAAACUGGCGCACUACCACGCCGUGUGCACGCACGCCGCCCAGAUGCACCUGCUCGCCAUGUGCGAGGACCACGACCGGAUCCUGAUGGCCGGCUGCCCGUCAUACGACCGCCUGCUCAAUGCACGUCACCAUGACGACCACGAAGACAUCAUCAAAGCCUGGCUCGGUGACGGUGUGAAGGAGUCAGAGUACAUCGUGGCUCUGCAGCAUCCUGUAACUACAGACAUCAAAAACUCCAUAAAGAUCUACGAGCUCAUGCUGGACGCUCUCAUCACCUUCAAAAAGAAAACACUCAUCCUGUUCCCCAACGUCGAUGCUGGCAGUAAGGAGAUGGUGCGUGUGAUGAGGAAGAAGGGAAUCGAGCAGCACCCCUGCUUUCGCGCCGUCAAACACGUUCCCUUCACCCAGUUCAUCCAGCUGGUGGCUCACGCGGGCUGCAUGGUGGGGAACAGCAGCUGUGGCGUGCGCGAGGCCGGAGCCUUCGGGACGCCCGUCGUCAACCUGGGCACGCGCCAAACCGGUCGAGAAACAGGUGAGAACGUUCUCCACGUGCGUGACGCUGAUACGCACAAUAAGAUCUACCACGCCCUGGAGCUGCAGUUCGGGAAGCGAUACCCCUGCUCCAAGAUCUACGGAGACGGGAACGCCGUGUCGCGGAUCAUGAAGUUCCUGCAGUCCAUCGAUCUAUUGGAGCCGGUACAGAAGACCUUCAGUUUCCCGCCGGUGAGAGAGGACAGCGUGUCCCAAGACAUCGACCACAUCCUGGAGACGCAGAGCGCGCUGGGCAUCGACCUCGGGGGCACCAAUCUGCGCGUGGGCAUCGUCACCAUGACGGGGAAGAUCAUGAGGAAGUAUUCUCAGCCUAACCCUAAGACCUACGAGGAGAGGAUGGAGCUCAUACUGAGCAUGUGCAAACAGGCCAUGGCCGAUGCCGUCCCCCUCAACUGCAGAAUCCUGGGAGUGGGGGUGAGUACAGGGGGCAGGGUGAACCCCCAGAAUGGCAUGGUGUUGGACUCCACUAAGCUGAUAAACGAGUGGAGUCACAUUGACCUGCGCUCUCCGGUGUCUCAGUCGCUCCACCUGCCGGUGUGGGUGGAUAACGACGGGAAUUGCGCCGCACUCGCUGAGAGGAAGUUUGGUCACGGGAAGGGCGUGGAAAACUUCGUCACCCUCAUCACGGGAACGGGAAUCGGAGGCGGGAUCAUCCAUCACGGCGAGCUGAUCUAUGGCAGUACGUUCUGCGCCGCCGAGCUCGGACACAUCAUGGUGUCUCUGGACGGACCCGAGUGUUCCUGUGGGAGUCGCGGCUGCGUCGAGGCCUACGCGUCCGGGUUAGCGCUGCAGCGAGAGGCCAAGAGACUGCACGAUGAGGAUCUGCUGGUGGUGGAGGGAAUGAGCCUGAACAACAAGGAGCAAGUGAACGCAUCACACCUCAUCCAAGCUGCUCGCCUCGGAAACACUAAAGCAGAGGGAGUGCUCCGUACAGCGGCGGCGGCUGUAGGUGUUGCAGUUGUGAACAUCCUCCACACAGUGAACCCGUCUCUGGUGGUUCUGUCCGGUGUUCUCGCUCAGCAUUACAAGAAUCCCGUCACACACUUCAUCAGCCAGCGCGCGCUCUCCUCUGCCAGGGAGGUCAAAGUCUUGACCUCUGACCUCGACAACCCCGCCCUGCUCGGUGCCGCCAGCAUGGUCCUGGACUACACAACACGCCGCACCUACUGAGACACUAUGUACUGACGCCAAGGGCCAAUCAGAAUCUUUCUUUGUCUUUUAGUAUUCCCUGAAACUCUAGUGUGUUUGGGAUCAAACCAUUCCAAAAUAGCCACUCUGAGACUCUGAGCCAAUCAGUCGAGACGCUCAGAGACUCUGAGCCAAUCAGACGAGACGCUCAGAGACUCUGAGCCAAUCAGACGAGAGGCUCAGACACUUGUGGCCAAUCAGACGUGACGCUCAGAGACUUGUGGCUGUGAUUGGCUGUGAGCCUUGAAGUGUCUCUUCUUGAUUGGCUGUGACUCUCUUGUAUCUUCUUGAUGAGCUUCUGAUGAAUCGCUUUGAGACUCUGUGCCAAACAGGUGAAGGCUUAUGGCCAAUCACAUGUUUCACCCUGGAGCCAAUCAGAACUGCACAUAUUGAGAUGGAAGGCCAAUUAGAAACCUUGUACAGUAUUUGAGAUCAAACAGAGCGUAGACUCUUUAUUUCUUUAUUUUAAUCUCUAUUGCUUUCUCGAUUGCAUUUAAAUUACUCGUAUUUGUAGUUUUCCUUCGUUAGAUAUUUAUUUUGUAAUUAUUCGUCCUUGGCCCCGCCUUCCUGGUCUUCUCCUAUUGGUGCAUUUGAACGGUACUUGGGAUCAAACAAUUUGAGUGUUAUGUUCAUUUGUUGAAGGACACACAGAGGGGCUGUGCUGCUAGCUUUCAAGAUUUUUUAAUAAGCCUAGACUUAUCUCUCCUCUCUCUCUCUCUCUCUCUCUCUUUCUCUCCCACUCUCUCAUAUAUGUUGAUACUUUCCUGGUCUGAUCAGUAUUCAUUUCUCAUCAUGUGACUGAACACUCGGAGAACGGCUUUACGAUGAAGGAAGAUGCGGUGACCUCCUCUGUCAGAAUCCUGUGUUCCAGUUCUGUCUCUAACACUCCCUUGUUCACUUUCCCUUGGUUGAGUACACUUACAGUGAUGCUUAAAAGUUUGUGAACCCUUUCGAUUGUUCUACAUUUCUGCGUAAAUAUCAUCAGAUUUUCACACGAGUCCUAAAAGUAGAUAAAGAGAAGCCAUUAAACAAAUGAGACAAAAAUAUUAUACGUGGUCAUUUAUGUGUCAUAUUUAUGAAGAAAUGUAGAAAAUUCUACAGGGUUCACAAACUUUCAAGCACCACUGUAGUUUUGUUUUUGUUCAGUCUUAUUUUUAUUUUAUUGAUAAAAAAUAAAAUCAUCACUCUAAGGGAAAGCGACGAGAUUGUGUUAAACAGAAACAUAACUGAAACACAUCAGUUAUUUAUUGACACACACCCGAGUGAUUGUGGCACAAUUACGUAAGCGAGGGCAGAGCUUACCUUAACGCUCCGCCAAUCGCAGACUUGUUUGUGUGAUGUCACUACUGGCUGUAAUUUCCACCGCUUAAUGUUUUGCAUUUCAUUGUUGGUUUAAGUUACAUAAUGUAACUAGUACCUAGCGCAAUAUAUUCGCUAGCAAUCUUAUCUUAUAUUUAUAAUUUGAUUGAAUUGAAGGUAGAAAAAGUUUUUCAGUGGUCUGCUCAGAUGCAAGUUAAGCCCCUCCGGUGUUUUUUUCCAUGAAGGUAAGUAUACCAUUAAAAUAAUACCAUAAAAAUAUUUUUUGUUUUUCUUUAA